AUGCAUCUGAACCGCGCCGCUCGCGUGCUUCUCGUGGGAGCCCCCGGCGUCGGUAAGGGCACCCAGACGGAGCGCAUGCUGGAGCGCUUCCCCCAGCUGCAAGCCAUAAGCACCGGCGACCUGCUCCGGACCAAUGUGAAGAAGCGCACGCCUCUCGGUAUCCAGGUCGAGAGCAUCAUCAAGUCGGGCGGCCUCGUGGCUGACAACCUCAUGCUGCGCCUCAUCUCCAACGAGCUUCAGCACCGGGGCUGGCUCUAUGGUCAACGUCCUAAUGUCAUGACGCUGUCUGCCAUGGCCGCCGACGCCGCCGACGCCUACGACUACUCGCCGCCCGAUCCGUUUGCACACCCAGACACCGGCGGUCCGCCGCCGCAGGCCUCGGAUGACCCCAGCGCGUCCUUUAUCCUCGAUGGCUACCCGCGCAACGCCGCGCAGGCGCUGAGCCUCGACGGCAUCGUGCCCAUCAAUCUCGCUGUCGCCCUCAAGACGCCCUUUGACGUCAUCCUCGAGCGUAUCGCCGGCCGCUGGGUACACGAGCCCUCGGGCCGCGUCUACAAUACGACCUUUCACAAGCCAAAGGUGGCAGGCAUCGACGAUGUGACGGGCGAGCCGCUGGUGCAGCGGCCCGACGACAACGAGAAGGUGUACCGCGCGCGUUUCCAAAAGUUUCAGGAGACGAGCGAGCCACUACUAGAACACUAUGCGAAGAAGGGCGUGUUGAUCGAGGUUGAGGGCAUGAGCAGCGAUGAAAUCAGCCCCAAGCUGUACGAUGAGUUCGAGAAGCGGUUCGUGAGCUGA